CAAAAAAGCUCCAAACUAUAACCCCUUUCUGCUCUUCAGAGCUAUGAAUUCAUCUGUUUUGAAGCUAGAAUUUUGAGGUGGGAGUAUGUAUUCUGUGUUCUUAGCUGUAGAAUCAGCUCUGGGUUGAGUUUCUGUGCUCAUAUUAAUAAUGCAAGCUUUUGGUGUUUGGCCUCUGAAAAGUGAUUCUUGGAAGGGAUUUGAGCUGGGUUUUUGUUCUAAUUCAAUUUCAAGAAGUGGGGUGGUUGAAAGAUUUGAUCUUGCUGGAAGUAGUGGUUUCAGGACUACUUGUCUUAGUCCACAGAUUAGUGGGUCUAGAUGGAAAUCAUGGUCUGAACAUUCCUUUCCCAGAUUUCAUCUCUUCUGCAAUCCAAGAAAAAAUGGCAGUUUUGGCUCAUUUUCAGCAUUAGCCUUAGUGUCAAAGGAGCAGACAUCUGUGUGUGGCACUCUGGAGAAAGAUUCACUGCCACUGAAUCAAGUUUCUGAGAAAAUUCAGAAUGAAGAUUUUGGUGGUUGUCUGCAGCUGGAGGGAAUAAGAAAUGUGGGGUCGUCUCGCGAAGAAGGCGAUGGAAGCAAUUCAGUUCGAGGCGAAGAUAACCAGGAAGAUAUUAGGGGGAAAAGACAUGGUAGGAUUGAUGUUAAAGCACUGGCAAAGAGCCUUCACAGUGCCAAGAAUGCAGAUGAUGUAGAAGAGAUUCUAAGGGACAAGGGAGAGCUUCCACUUCAAGUGUGUUCAUCUAUGAUUAGAGGUUUUGGCAAAGAUAACAAGCUAGAUUCUGCAAUGGCUCUUGUGGAUUGGCUGAGGAGAAGGAGCAAAGAUUCUUCUGGUUCUAUUCAUCCAAACCUCUUCAUUUACAACAGUCUCUUGGGGGCUGCAAAGGAGGCUGAAAAGUAUGAUGUUGUUGAGAAAGUAAUGGAGGAUAUGGUGUUGGAUGGGAUUAACCCUAAUGUUGUUACAUAUAAUAUUCUCAUGAGUGCAUAUAUACAACAAGGUCAGGAGCUCGAAGCGCUGAAUCUUUUCGAGGAGAUAUCGAGGAAUGGUUUGUCUCCGAGCCCUGCAUCCUACUCCACAGCCUUGUUUGCUUACCGGAGGCUUGAAGAUGGCGUCGGGGCUGUGAAAUUCUUUGUAGAGAUCAGAGACAAGUAUGGAAAGGAUGGAGACGAGAACUGGGAGGCCGAGUUUUCGAAGCUCGAGAAUUUCACGAUUCGAAUAUGCUACCAGGUGAUGAGGCAGUGGCUAACGAAGCCCGAGAAUUUAAGCAUCAAUGUGUUGAGGCUGCUGACAGAAAUGGACAAGUCCGGGCUCGUGCCUGGGCGGGCAGAAUACGAACGCCUCGUGUGGGCUUGUACCCGCGAAGAACAUUAUGUUGUUGCCAAAGAAUUGUAUGAGAGGAUAAGAGAAAGAAGCUCUGAGAUUAGCCUAUCUGUCUGUAACCAUGUGAUUUGGCUAAUGGGGAAGGCUAAGAAAUGGUGGGCAGCUCUCGAAAUAUACGAAGAUCUGUUGGAAAACGGGCCAAAACCGAAUAACAUGUCUUAUGAACUGAUAGUUUCUCAUUUCAACGUUCUACUCGGGGCAGCUAGAAAACGAGGGAUAUGGCGAUGGGGCGUUAGGCUGCUCGAAAAGAUGGAAGAGAAAGGACUCAAACCGGGUAGCCGGGAAUGGAAUGCUGUCCUUAUUGCUUGUUCCAAGGCUUCAGAAACAUCUGCUGCCAUAGAGAUCUUCAAGAGAAUGGUGGAACGAGGCGAGAAGCCAACAAUCAUCUCCUAUGGUGCGUUGCUCAGUGCUCUCGAGAAAGGGAAACUAUACAACGAGGCACUGCAGGUAUGGAAACACAUGCUUAAACUGGGCGUGGAACCAAAUCUUUACGCCUAUACUAUCAUGGCUUCACUUUACACUUCUCAAGGCAAAUUCGAUGCUGUUAAUUCUACACUCCUGGAAAUGAAAACCCGUGGGAUUGAGCCAACGGUCGUCACAUUCAACGCAAUUAUCAGUGGAUGUGCGAGGAACGAGAUGGGAAGUGCAGCAUACGAAUGGUUUCAGCACAUGAAAGCUCUAAACAUAGCCCCGAAUGAGGUUACCUAUGAAACGAUGAUCGUGGCACUUGCAGAAGAUGGCAAGCCGAGGCUAUCUUAUGAGUUGUACACGAGGGCGCAAAAUGAGGAUAUGGUUCUGUCUGCAAAGGCUUACGAUGCUGUCAUCCGUUCUGCACAGCUGCAUCGAGCUACUAUCGAUGUUAGCACGCUUGGUCCCCGACCACCAGAGAAGCCGAAAAAAAAGGUGCAAACUAGAAACUCUUUGCCACAACUCUGUAUAGGUGGUUCCUUGUAGGCACUAAGCACGCCCUCUGACCUAGAGGGCUAUUGAGUCAUCGUGAUUUACCAACAAUUCUGUCGAGUAAGAUGUAUCAGUGUAGGGGCCAGUGUUGCAAAAAUCGCGCCUAGGUGCCAGGCGGUCGGCCUCC